AAAUGAUAACCAGUGAUACCUCUCUUAUGUAAGAAUCAUAAGGUAGUUUAUGAAAAGCCAUAGAACAUGGAGUGAUUUCAGGGUACCACCCAGUUCUUUCCUCACUCUUUUCCUGUAAUUUUGCCCUUGCUUGCCAUCCCUGUCUUAAACAGAGACCAGAGUUUAAGAACCGUGCAAGCAGAACACACCUUUGAAUUCUCCCAACUCCUCGGUUGGAUAUACCGGCACUUGAAUUUCAUCUUUGGAAGUGGAAGCAUCCAUUCAUCUUCAAAGCCAUCAUGAGCUCGAAGAAGCGUAUGUCACAGAAGGGCUUUCGUGAUUGUAAGAAUAAUAUGAAAAUUGAACAGUUUUUUUGUCAGAUACCUAAAGAACAGAAUGGUACCAGCACUCCUCAAAGGAAGAUGGAAUCUAAAAAGCAUCUAAAAGAUAUAACCAACACCCCAGCUCAAGAAUUCCAUUCACCUAAGAAAACUCAAGGAGAACAAACAACACUCCAAAAUAAGACAAUUCACAUUACCUUGAAUGUAAGCCAGAGGAAAAACAAAGGCAGGAAACAUGUGCUCACACACAGAGAGGCCGACAGCUUGUAUGUGGCACUCAACACCCUGGAGGCAGUGAAGGAAGAAAUAGAAACUCGACAAGACAAAGAAAUGCUGGUGCAUGGUACAAAAGGGAUUGAGGGGUACAUCAAUCUUGGAAUGCCCCUCCAUUGUUUUCCUGAAGAAAGCCAUGUGGAAAUUACAUUUUCCAAAAGUAAGCAGAAAGAAGGUGACCAGGUAUUUGGCCGGCAUGACAAAGCCCCUACUGACUGUGUCAAGUUUCAUGUUCAUGCAGUUGGGAAGAAGAAAACCAGAAUUGUUAAACGUGGGGAACUUCACAAAGAAGGCUCCAAACUCUGUGUCUAUGCUUUUAAAGGAGAAACCAUCAAGGACGCUUUGUGCAAAGAUGGUAGAUUUCUUUCCUUUCUGGAAAAUGGCGAUUGGAAGCUGAUUAAUAAUCUGGACUCAAUUUAUGAAAACACACAGCCAGUUGAUGAAUUAGAGGGAAAGCUCUUUCAGGUUGAGGUUGAGAAUAAAAUGGGCUCUGAAGCAGCAGCUCCUCAAAAUUCUGAAUCAGAGAAAAGAAACACUUGUGUGUCGAACGAGGAAAUUUUGAACCAGUACCCCUGUUUGAAAAGUGAAAGUGAAAAGAUCAAAGAAAACUUAAAGAAAAAAAGCAAAAAAGGAACAGGGAAAACAUUAUUUAACUCACAUAGAACAAACUUUGGAAAAGUGACCAAAAACUCUACUCCAGUUACAUUAAUCAAACUUCUUGCAGAGCGUAGUGAUUCCGUUGGGUACCUAUACUAUAACAACAAUGGGAAAGAGGGUUGUGCCACCUGCUUUGUUUUUAAAGAACCAUUUAUCUUCACUUGUGGACAUGUAAUCCAAGGCAUUAUGGAAGAAGGAAUAGAACCAAGUGAAUGGCCACGCAUCCUUGGUCAAUGUGUAAGGGUGACAUUUGGUUAUGAACAGCUCCAUGAGAGAGAAGACAACCAUUUUCGCGUUGAGCCUUGGUUUGAAAUAUCUGGUGGCAAUCUCGACUAUGCAAUUCUGAAACUGAAAGAAAAUGGACGACCCAUACCUGCAGGACUGUAUAAUGGAAUUGCUCCCGUACCACUUAGUGGGUUGGUAUAUAUUAUUGGCCAUCCAAAUGGAGAAAAGAAACAGAUUGAUGCUUGUGCUGUGAUCCCUCAGGCUGAGCGAGAAAAGAAAUGUCAGGAAUAUGCGCAGGGUAGGAAAAUGAAAGGGUGUGACUUCAAUCUGUCAUUUAUCCAUCUGUACACUCAAAGAAGUUUCCAGGAAAUAAUUGAUGAUGCCGAUGUGAUCACUUAUGAUACUUGUUUCUAUUUUGGAUCUUCUGGUUCCCCAGUGUUUGAUUCACAUGGUACAUUGGUGGCCAUCCAUGCUGCUGGUUUUGAACAUAAGUACCAACCUGGGUUUUCCAGUAUCGUUGAAUUUGGCCCUACUACAAAGUCCAUUCUCCUUGAUAUUAGUCAAAACAAUAGUAGGUUGUAUGAAGAACUGUGUGUGAAUCAACAGGAUGUGGAAAUGGAGUCUGAUGAGGAUUGAGGAUUGUUGAGAAUUUAGCCUGUUUACUACCUUUGAAGAAAUUGCUUUUGGAGUUUUUAUUCCAUAAGCAAUUAUAACAGUUUUCUAAAUUCCAAAAGGACAAGUUUCACA